UGGCCGCCGAUCCGAUCCUCCUCUCCAGAUGGCGCUCCCUCUUUUUAAGGCCCCUCUCUCCAUUUCUCGCCGCAGCACACACACCCCGCCGCCUCCAUCUCCUCCUCAGCCCUACCCUUGCACCGCACCACCACACAGUACACGCGAGCACAGCCUCCUCCUUCCCCGUCAGAUCAGAAGUUCAGAAGGCGGCCCGGCCCUCUCCAUGAAGGUCCUGAUGUCGCGCCGGCGCGGCGCCGCCGGCGGGCUGCGCAUCAAGAAGAAGGCGCGCGGCUUCAUGUGCGGCUGCGGCGGUACCAAGGCCGUGUCCGUCUCCGACGGCUCGGACAAGUCGCCCAUGGCCACGCCGCAGACCGCCGCGUCGACCGACACUCCUAUUACGGCGACGAUGUCCACCACCACCACCGCGACGACGCCGAAGGCUAUGAGGAGAAGAGCCGGCGGGGGCAGGCCGCCCGCGACGACGUCCUCGGCGGCCACGGAGGUCCCGUCGUCACUCUCGUCCUCGUCCCUGUACGCCGACACCACCGACGACGGCCCCAGCAGCAGCAUGGACAGCAGCACGCCCAGCCUGUCCGCGCUCCUGCGCCAGCUCGGCGAGCUGGAGCGCAGCGUCCGCUGCCUGCACGCCGGCGCCGGCGGCGACGGGGCGGGAGCCGGCGGCGCCAGGCAGGGCCGGCGGCACCGGCGGGCGGCGAGCGAGGGCGGCGGCGGCGGGUCCGGGCGCGUGGAGGAGAGCGUGGCGGUGGUGAAGGAGUCGGCAGACCCGCUGGCGGACUUCCGGCGGUCCAUGCUGCAGAUGAUCGUGGAGAAGGAGAUCCUGGGCGGCGCGGAGCUCCGGGAGCUGCUGCACCGGUUCCUGUCCCUGAACUCGCCGCGCCACCACCACCUGAUCCUCCGCGCCUUCGCCGAGAUCUGGGAGGAGGUGUUCGCGGGGCACGAGCGCACGCCGGACUUCCUCGCCGCGCACCGCAGGAAGAAGCAGCAGCAGCACCUGGCGGCGGCGGCGACGACGACGCGCGGCGCUUAAUUCGGUCGCACCUGCUAUUGCUCGGUCGAUCCGUCCACCCCGGCCGUCGAUCGCUCCUUCGUUUUUCCAUCUGUUUGGUUCAUUGGUUUCGUUUCGUCAAGCGUGUGUAUGUACAAACAAUUUUUCCAUCUGAGAAUCCAGAGUUCCAGAGCA